AGAGGGGGAGGGUGGUGUCGGCUUUUGCAUAAUCUAAGCCAUGCGUUUACUGCGUUUCCCGAUCCUGAUCACCAGCCCACAGCAAAGCCAUCCCACCGAUUAGCCGCACAACCAUCGUAUAUGUGUGUGUGGAUAUCAAGACAAAAGGACAGAUGCAUGCAGGCGGGGGCGGGUCUGGGACGCAGGAUUGGGGGUGACGCGUUUCUGUGACAGAUAGCAGGUGGGAGACUGGGAUGCGGGACGGAGGGAGGGACGGAGGGAUGAAGCAGCAGCAGCGCCUGCUUUAACGCUGCGUCUGUUCCGGGAGGGCGCAGUUUCUGCAAAAGAAGGAGACGAUUUCUGCCAUCAGCCAUGAGCCUGCGAGCACAAACGCCUGCUUUACGCAUCUUCAAGUAAAAUGGGAUUUUCUGCUGCGGCACUGGCGAUCACAGCUUUCUUCCUGCCAGCCGAAAUCAUGCGGAGUGUUUAAGCUAGACAUGGUGGACCCAUCAGAUGAGGAUCAGGGCAAGACUGAAGGCCCUGAGCUUGAGACACCAGCUGCAGCCUCCGAAGGAUCUUGCAUCCAGCAGCAAAAUGGCAACGGGGCAGUGACAAGGGAAGGUGACUCGGAAAGUAGCACAGAGCCGCUCGAGCCUGAGCAGCCCUCCGAGAGCAGACAGCGGCUGGUUCCGCAACGAGAUCAGCCACCCGGGCUCCAUUUGGAUCUAUUCAACUUUGACUCUCCAGAUGCAGAAGGCAGCCGCUACGUUCUCACCAGCCCUCGCUCCCUGGAGGCAUGUGCUCGAUGUGGGGUGAAACCAGUGGAGCUGCUGCCGCGGCCACUGGCAGACUUUGUUCGGGAGGGGCAAUCCAUGCGAGCUGCGACUGGGCUGUUUGAGGUGUACGAGCGGGAAAGGCAUGCUAAGCUAAAACGGUGUCGGGAGGAACGGGAAAGGAUUAUCAGAGAGGAAAGGAAAAAGACAUUUCUUUCAAUUACUACAAAUAGCAGCACAUCUUCCUCUUCAUUGGAAAGGUCUCCAGUUGUUGGCAGUCAAGGGACCAAUCAGCAAUCAACUGCUUCAAUUCAGCUCCCUAAAUCAUCUCUCUCUAGCUCUGGUUUGACGUCUAAAACUGUCCCCAGUAGCUCAGUAACCUCAAAACCAGACGUCAGUAGUUCUGGCAAACAUAGCAAAUCUGUCCCAUUAGUCACGGCAUCAAAACCUUCUUUGAGCAAGCAACUGUCUGCUGGUGCCCCCCCCGUAACCCCUGUAACUACCAAGUCAUUGCGCCCAACUGGAAGAAAUGUGAAGCCUGCUAAUACAUUUCCUAGAACAAUCUCGAAACCUACCUCCUCUGUCUCCAGGGCUUCCACCUAUAAGUCAGGAUCUGGUUGCAGUUUUUCAGAACCAGUCACUGCCACCACCACAACACCAGUAAGCAAUGGUGUCACAGCCAUUCCCUUCACCCACACUAAUGGCCAUGCUGUAUCCCAGCCAAAGCACUGGGAGAGGAGUCAUUCGCUUGAGUCCCUGCAGAGGAGACAAGAACCAGUGUGUUCCUCCACUACAACCCACACUUCUUCUGAGUCUGGUGCCUCAUCCUCUUACAGUUGGGAUGGGCCACGGGACCGCAGCGCUAAGGCAUCCAGCCCAAGAACGCGCACUCUAGCUACGUUUAAUUCCCUGAUGGGUCGCAGUCUUAGCCUCGGUGAUCUCAGUCACUCGCCGCAGACCACACAAAAAAUAGAACGUAUUGUGAAGGAGGUGAAGCGGCGAGGACUGAAGGCUGUUCCGGAGCGUGACCGCAAGAUCGCAGCCCUGAUGUUGGCCAAGUACCAGGAGGAAGACAUCAUGAGUCAGAGUCGCUAUGUGGCACACUUGCAGUGGGACAGCGAGAGAAGGCUGGAGGAGUUGCGGCGUGAGCGGGAGGACCGCGAGAAGCAGCGCGCCGUGCUGCAGUGCCAGCGGGCCUGGCAGUCCCAGGUGUCGGCCCGACAGCACCGUCUCACCCAGCAGGAACAGGAGGCCGCAGCAGCCAAGCUGCGGCAGGUAACCGAGAAUGAGGAGAAGUGGCGGGAGCUGGCGGAGAGGCAGGAGCGCAGCCGGCUGCAGAGGCUCCAGAGGACGGCCCGUGAGGAGAAGCAGAAGAAGGUCUUACAAGAGCAGAAUCUGCGAGUGCUGGAGGAGGAACGGGCUGCUAUGCUGGAGCAAGAGCAGCUGCUACUCCGAGAGAAGCUUUCCACAGCAGAACUGAAGAAGCAAGAGCGAGAGCACCAGGCUCAGGAGGAGCGGCGGGGCCUGAAUAGGGCCGAAAAGCGGCGGCACGCUGCGCUGAAAAGAGAGAUCGCCCGCCGGGAGGUAGAAGAGCGCGAGACGGCCAGGAAGGCCAUUGAGGAGAAGCUGAACCGCUCGUCUGAAAACUAUGAGCAGAUCAUGGAGAGACGUAGCCAGGAGCUCCGGGAAAAGGCGCGGCGUGAGGAGGGACAGAUCCAAAAGGCGAGGAGGGCAGCAGAGCAGCGGGAGCGCCAGCAGCGGGAACAGCUGGAGGUGCGUGCAAGAGAGGCAGAGCGGCGGGCGCAGCAGGCCACGACGGUGGCGGAAGAGCGAGCCAAGGAGAAGGCGCUACGGGCCGUGCUGAGCCGGCAAGAGAAGGAGAAGCUGCAGCGCAUGAACCGGCAACGCGUGGAAGAGGAGGAGCAGCAACGACGGCUGGAGCUGCUGCAGUCCAUCGAGAGGAAGCUAGAGAAGAGCGAACAGAUUUUUCGGGAGAAGCGCGCCGUGCUGGAGAGCGCCCGCUCGAUGGCGCAAGCUUCCUUCCAUGUUCGAGACCGCGUACGGGAAGAAACCAACACGCGCACCUUCGAUAAGAUGGCCCUGGAGGCGAAGCUGAAGGCCAGUCUGGAUGAAAAGUGAGCCAUCAGGGUGGAGGUUCUUCCCACCUUCUGUUGCUGGGAAUUUCGUUUGUACUCUGUGGGGGUCUUGUAGCUAUAAGCAGUCAUUACCCUGUAGCAUUACACUUCCAUCGUCAGACCCAUUUCGUUUUGUUUUUUUGCCACAUGAUCCUGAAGCUCGAUCAUUUUCUCAUUAACAACCGCUAGAGUUUGUCAGCUAAUGUCCAUUUCAGGCCAGUAGAUGCAUUUAAGCAGGGAAAAGACUUUCUUGCUAACUGGAUAGAAUAAGCUUAUUAUUCCCCUUGGAAGGACAGCGGAUUGAAUAGUUUUGGCACACAGAAAACGAAAAGUCUGCUUAGUAUGCACUGCUGGUGUUUAGUCGCGCUUGUGCAUAUUCAGAAUCGCAUCAUACUCCCCAACUGAACAUGCCAUUAUAACAAAUCAAGGCUGCUCUAGAAAGAAAAGAUACAAUGCCGGCAUGGAAAUCAGAUCGUAGCGACUGAAAUGCCUUUCGGUUCAUAAAAUGAACAAGAGGUUUAAUAAAUAAGCCAAAGGAACUGAAUGCUGUGAACGUAGACGGUGUGGUGUGAUUCAGCGAAUGUCAGCAUGGGCACCCAUCGCCGUGCUUUGCUGCAGAACUGCCAGCAUUGUGUUCAUACUAUCAACAACCAAGUCUUGGCACCGGAUGAGAUCUCAGAGAGCCUCUCACAACGAACAGCAGCUGUUCAGUAGGACACCCCAGACUUCAAGAGGACUGACAACAGGGGUGUGUGCAUAUGGCCACAAGUGCAUGACACUUAUGCAUCCAGGUCUCCCAAACUGAAAGGAAGUACAAAUCCUGAGAAUGGUGGAGCACUACGCAGUCCUUUACCUCUGCAGUUGACCCCAAACCUAACACAACUUCUUGGUGUCUCUAGCCUGCAGAGUAAAGAAAAUAGUACAGUGUCAUCCAUUUGAUGUCCUGCUUUUUGUUUCCAGUAUGUUGUUCUGAAGCUAAGCAAAUUCUGUUGUGGUUCUCUGCAGAACUGUUGUGGUUCUCUGCAGAACU